AACAAGGAUGAAGUGACAACAAUCAUAAAUAACAUGUGACUCAAGAAUAUAUUCAAAGAUUUUAAAUGAGCUUGAUAUAUCAAGUCCAUUCCUUGAAAAAUUUGUUGACCAUCCAACAUUUAUUUGCUCGUAAGCAGUUAAACGACCUGAGAACAAACCAGAUGAUUAUCCAGCUUAAGAAAAUGCAAGUUCAAAGGAGCUUCCAUUGGCAGAGAGAAUAUAGAGAAUGUAUGCAAAAAGAGCAUUUCGAACUGGUACUGGUGGCAUGCCCACAGUUUUCAAGCACCUCAGAAUGGCCAAACCAUGAUCUUUUUCCUUUAAUGGAUUUCAUCUCUCUCUCUUGUGUGUGGUUGAUUUCAGAUAUACUUUUACGUCUGAGAAUACUAACAUGUAGAAACUUUUGCAUAAUUCUUCUCCUAAGAGAAAGCGACAGUUUUACACGAUUUAUUUAGAAAUGGUGAAUGCAUUCCCCAAAACAAAAUAAGAUAUCACAUAAUGUCCACCCCAAAUCAGAAAAGAUACAACCCACCUCUCAUCCUAAGCUUUUUUACACUGUCCUACACCCACAUGACACUUCUUAAAAGGAUCUUUCCAAGAGUGUAAAAUGAAUAGGGAUUUCUGUAUACAAUUUUUUCUCAACUUACACUGUUGUUCGGAAAGAAUUGAUCAUUCUCCUUGUGUACUCAUACAGUUUACAGUCACUAACCCAAGCCCAAAAAACAUGUUCAUGUUCUGAGAACCACAAUCCUGCAAGAAAAGCAUCUUCCCGCCCUGGUUCACUCAUGAUCUCUUUUUAGUCACAAUUCAACAUUGCUGCAUAGAUUCAUCCUCUUUACUACACCAUUAAAUGGAAUGUCAUGCUUGACCUGAAGUCAUUUGCCAUGGUCUCAAACUAUAAAACACUUGGUAGGUCGAAAGAAUCCCCCCCAAAGCAAAAGCUAUCAGAUUCUUACUUGCCAAAGGAGCUCACUCCCCUUUAUUUGAGACCAGGGACGACCGUCAUGGCCGGGUGGAUCCCCGAGGAGCCAUUUAAAGGUAUUUAAAGGCAGGCAGACAAAAGGCAAUCCACCUCCUCUCCAUUGGCAUCAUCUCUCACUCCCCUUCAAGAGUAUCCAGAUCUGGAGAAUAACUCUGCCAGAUGAUUUUAUUCACAAUGGUGUCAUGCCCCAUCCCCACUCCCAUUAUCCCUUGUGGAGGCCCAUGGGGUGGAUCCUCUUAAAAUAAUUGCAUCCACAGCUAUCCAUAUAAAUGGAUAGAUUAUAAUUUGAUUAUAACCAGAUUCUUGGACCAUUACUAGGCUCCUCCUAUAUAAAUGGAUCAUCACCCUGCCACUGCCAAGGCCCAACUGAGCUCCCCAGCUAGUUCAACAACACUCGCUCUCUUGUUGCAACCGUGGUGGUAGUUAGUCCAUUCUGGUUGACCAUGUCGAGGGACCCACUUGUCGUCGGCAACGUCGUAGGUGACGUGCUGGACCCAUUUGUCAGGUCGGCAACGAUGAGGGUGUCCUAUGGCAACAAGGAGCUGACCAAUGGGUGUGAGCUCAAACCGUCAAUGGUUGCGGUUGAGCCAAGAGUCGAGAUCAAAGGACGCAAUUCAAGGAUCCUUUACACUCUUGUGAUGGUGGACCCUGAUGCACCAAGCCCUAGCAAUCCAACAAAAAGAGAGUACCUGCACUGGUUGGUGACAGAUAUCCCAGAAACAUCAAAUGCAAGCUAUGGCAACGAGAUUGUCUCCUAUGAGAGCCCACGGCCAACUGCUGGGAUCCAUCGCUUCGUGUUCAUUCUGUUCCGGCAAUCUGUCUGCCAAACCAUGUAUGCACCUGGAUGGAGACAGAACUUCAACACGCGGGAUUUUGCAGCAGCUUUUAACCUUGGGGAUCCUGUAGCUGCAAUGUUCUUCAACUGCCAGAGGGAGAAUGGAUGUGGUGGAAGAAGGUACCAAGCCGUCAGCGGAUGGAUGUGAUGGUCUUCUUUAAACUGCAACGGUUAUGGAGUUACUCAAUUCUGAUUAAGAGAGACCUAUGCUGCACCAUGCAAAAAGUUGAAAUUAGUGAUGACAUAUUAUCCUACGCAUGAUAAGAUGUGUAAUGUGAAGCUUUCCUACCUACUUCGUGUGUACAUCAUAAACUUUGUGUGUGCAAAUUGAUGGUGAAGUCCCAUGAUUAUUUUAAGCACAAUAUUAUUUCUCGUAGACAAAAAUCAUUCCAUCUAUUUUUUAAGUCCAAUCAUUUAUCAAAAAAACAUAGCAUUAGCAUCUGAAAUUGCAUGAGAACCAGAAUUGUUGUUCUGAAAGUCAUUUAUCAAUAGAGUUCCACUGCAACAGUCUCAUCUUAACUAUGCAAACUUUCUGUACAUUUCUCUUCAUGAUCCAACGCUCAUAUGCAUCAAGAAUGGCUAGCCUAACAACUCCCUUAUAAAAAAUUUGCACCAAGUAAUUACAUAAAAUUCUUGAGCUCCACUUUACUUUAGCCAUUCAUUGCUUCUUCUGGAUGCUUGCAUUGCACUAUCCCACUUAUAAAACUAGUCCAUGGGACUAUGCCUCUCAGAAAACUCAUAAAAACUCUUGCACCUCAAGCACAUGCCCAGAAUGCUAACCAAUGUCCCACAGAUGUCAAGGAUGCUAACCAGAGUCACAUCGUCCUGCUCCACGUCCUUCAAAGCUAUCAAUUCCAGUGGCAUACCAAAUAACCCACCUUUCAUAUACCCCGAGACCAACCGACCCAGGAGACCACGUCUCUGAUGAGCAUUUCAUCAAACAGAAGCCCUGCUUCGAUGUAUUCCCCACGGACCAUACGCACAUGAACAAGCAUUCUACAUAAAGAGAACAAAACCGGGAAGGCGUAUCUGUCAGGAAAAGCACCAUCAAAAUCAACCACCAUAAGCUUAUGCACGACUAAGACCAAAUUGGAACGCGUGCUCUGUGCAUCGAAGAGGUGAUGGUGUUGAUCACUUUGGACGCGGUGGAUCUGCUUAACGGCUUGAAAGGCGAUGGGAGAAGCAACAGAGACAAGCAGAAGCACGGCGGCCUCGGCAGCAAGGAAGGAAUAGCUGGUGACGCCGGAGACGAGGAGAGUGGAUGUGGUCCAAGGAUCGGGUGCACUCGGGUCAGCGGUUAGCGGGCGGAGGAGGCCGAGGACGGUGAUGUCAAGAGGGUGGGCAGAGGCAACGGUCGA